UGGAGUGCAGCCCCUACAUCCUUCUGUAUAGAAAUUCUAUUGGGGGCUAGAUCCCUUCUGUUAAUACAUGGAUGCUGAAACCCGGGACGGAAAAGUGACCUUGUGCCACCAUGCCGUGCCCCUGUGGCCUGCUAACGCGCCGAGAGGAGCCAGGUCUGUCUCCAGUACCACUGAAGAGCAUCUCUGUGACCUUGUCCAUUUGUGAGUUUGUGGCUGGUGUGUCUGCUACCUUAAACUAUGAGAAUAAGGAGAACGUUCCACUGGAGGCCUUCUUUGUUUUCCCCAUGGAUGAAGACUCAGCUGUCUACAGCUUUGAGGCACUGGUGGAUGGGAAGAAAAUUGUGGCAGAAUUACAGGACAAGAUGAAGGCCCACGCCAAUUAUGAAGAGGCCAUCAGCCAGGGCCACCAAGCCUUCCUUUUGGAGGAGAACAAGGACUCCAGAGACAUCUUUUCUUGUAACGUGGGGAACCUCCCCCCUGGGUCGAAGGCAGCACUCACCCUGAAGUAUGUGCAGGAGCUAGCCUUGGAAGCAGACGGGGCCCUGCGCUAUGUGCUCCCGGCCAUCCUGAAUCCUCGGUACCAGCUCUCUAAAGGGCCUGAGGACAGUUGCCUGAAAACGAAGAUUCCUGUAGUCCCUCUGGAGGACCUGCCCUACACACUCAGCAUGGUCGCCGCCAUCACUUCCCAGCAUGGCAUCGAGAGGAUCCAAAGCAACUGCCCCUUGAGUCCCCUUCAGUACCUUGGAGAUAAGACUUCUGCUCAGAUUUCCUUGGCUGAUGGACACAAAUUUGAUCGAGAUGUGGAACUUUUGAUUUACUACAGUGGGGUGCAUACCCCCAGUGUAGCUGUGGAGAUGGGGGAACCUACAGCAAAGCCCGACUGUCUAAUGGGACAUCCAUCUGCGAUGGUGAGUUUCUACCCAGAUAUCCCAGAAGCUCAGCCGCCGAUGACGUGUAGAGAAUUUGUCUUCCUCAUGGACUGCUCAGGAAGUAUGCAGUGUCCCAUGAAUAACCAAGAUAAAUCUCAGCAGCGCAUAGAGGCAGCCAAGGAAACACUGAUUUUGCUGCUAAAGAGUUUGCCUAUAGGCUGUUAUUUCAACAUUUACAGAUUUGGAUCUACUUUUGAAGCAUUUUUUCAGAAUAGUGUGCAGUACACUCAGCACACAAUGGAAGAAGCGCUGAAGAGAGUCACACUCAUGCAGGCUGACCUAGGGGGCACAGAAAUCUUGGAGCCACUCAAGAGCAUUUACAAUGGCCCUUCCAUCCCGGGCUAUCCUCUACAGCUUUUUAUUUUCACAGAUGGAGAAGUUAACAACACAUUUAGUGUCACUAAAGAAGUUAAGAGCAAUGCUCUGAAACACAGAUGUUUCUCCUUUGGUAUUGGAGAAGGAGCCUCCACCAGCCUAAUAAAAGGCGUUGCCCGGGCAGCAGCAGGCAUGGCAGAAUUCAUCACAGGCAAGGAGAGGAUGCAGCCGAAGGUUCUUAGGGCCCUGAAACGUUCUCUGCAGCCUGUAGUGGAGGACAUUUCUGUGCACUGGGAGUUGCCACCUGGUCUGUCCGCUACAAUGCUUUCCCCAGAACAGACUGUCAUCUUUAGGGGUCAGAGGUUAAUCAUCUAUGCCCAGUUGACUGGGAUGAUGCCGCCAGCAGAGGCAACAGGGGAAGUUUGCCUCAGGUACACCCUCCAGAGCAAGAAUUUUGAGAAUAAAGUGACAUUUUCUCUACAACCCAAGUUUGAUGCCAACCUUACCAUCCACCGCCUUGCUGCCAAGUCCUUUCUCCAGACCAAGGACAUGGGCUAUGGGGAGACUCCAGCAAAUGAUAAGAAAGAUGUGCUGAAAGUAAGCCUUGAGUGUGGAGUGAUAAGCUCCCACACAGCUUUCAUUGCCAUCAACAAGGACCUUGAAAAACCAGUUCAGGGACCCCUGACCCAGCGUGACAUUCCAAGGCCAAUGCUGUUUUGUUCUCCUGCAGCGUUAUGCUCUCCUGCAGCGUUAUGCUCUCCUGCAGUUGGACUAGACAGAAGCCGAGUUCUUAUUCGUGGAUCAAGGAGUAAAGCCAUGUCUCCCAAAGUGGCCUCCCCUCAGAAGAUAAGGGCUUAUUCUUCUACCAUGAGGACUAGUGUGGAAAGUCAUCCCAUAGUCUCUGAAGAUAAUAAUUUUGUACAGCUGAUUUCCCUCCAAAAGGCAGAUGGUUCCUGGGAUCUGAAUGAAGGUCUGGCCAAGAUCCUAGGUAUGAGUGUGGAGGAUAUACUGGCUGCACUCCCUGCCAAGGGUGAGGAUUCCUCAGGCUGGGCCACAGUCCUGGCAGUGAUCUGGAUCCAUGACAACUAUAAGGAUCUGAAAUGUGAGUGGGAACUUCUAGAAAGGAAAGCUGUGACUUGGAUUCACAUCCAUGCAGGCUCCAUCCGGCAUGUGCUCAUUGAAGCUGCCACUGCUCUUCUGAAAUCCUCUGUUGAUCCUGCUGUCUUUUCCCUCUGAGGAUACCAACCAGAACAAGUUCCUCUUUUAUGCUAGUGUCCUUUCCUUUACUACUUUUUUCUGCUGUCAUGUGGCCAUUUCUUGUCAUAAAAGUAAAGGGUGCCCAGCCCACCUUGCUUCUGUGUCCCGGGUUCCCUAUGGAUGUCAUUCUCCUUUCCCAGCACAUGCCCUCAGAGUGACAACAUGAAAAACAGGUAACAGGGACUCCAGACUAAAGGUUGCAGCAUUGAUGUUAGGAAAUGCCUGAACUGGAAAAUUCUGUAUCAUUUUUGUCUAUUCGCUUUUGAUUUUAUGAAGUUAUGCAACAAGACUGGUGCGCUAUACAGGUUUCUAUUCUUAGAUAGGAUGAGGGGUUAGAGGGAGGUUGAAAGCCGACACUGGGAUUUAUAACCUCAGGAUGAUAGAGAGAGCUGCAAGGGUCCACUUUGAGAGUGGGCACUGUUGAUGAACUUCCAGAUGAAUUCUGCUUGGGCUUUACUAGCCUUUACUGCAUGCCUAAGGGUUGAGUCAUACCUGAUGGAGACCGAUAUUCUUGAUAGGGAACUGAUGUGGACUCUAGCCAGCAGGGUCCGUGUGUUAUGGCUGUGACAAACAAAUCCACACAGACUGCAGAAAUCCUGUGAAGAAAAAGGGACUGCAUGGCCGCUCUCUAAGUGAGAGAGGGCCCCAACCCCGGCCUGGACAGGCUUUUACUGCUUUUCUGGGUACAUUACACCGAAGAUGGUCCUCAUUUACUAUGCACAGGUUUGCUUUAGGUGGUUACCCUUUACAGAUAAUGAAGUUAAGAAUGCUGCUAAUUACUUCAAAGAAAAGGAUGUUUCAGAUGCAAGGGGAAAAGUGGUUGAACUGGUUACACUCCAUACUUGGGAGGUUUAGCACAGAUUUUAGGAAGUUACUUUAAAGAUAUGCAGUA